AUGGAAAGUUGUGUUCAUCCGUUGAUAGGCCAGCUGCAGCCCAUCUUCAAUGAACUUCAUUCAAGCACAUUUGCUACGCUACCGUCUGUUAUAUUGAAACUAGAGUACAUCAUCGGAGACGAAAGCGACAUCUUUUUUCAAUGCAGCAGCAGCAGCGGCGGGGGCGGGGACUCCAGAGCCUCUUAUUCGGGGCUUUCAAAUUGGAUCAAUACACAAAUUCAAGGCUUAUUUAGUAAGUUUGGGACACAACUUGCCGGGAUCUUGUGCACCAAAACCCUCUUGGACGCCGAUUACAUUGGUAGCAACAGUUUGUCCCAGUUUUUCAUGCAGUUGCUGGAGGGGUCUGUCAAGUCCUCCGACGUAGUCGUGGUGGAAAAGGCAGCUGAGGUGUGGGGUCUUUUACUGAACAACAGCGGUAGUUUUGCGGAGGGAAUUGCACAAGCCAGGUUGAAAUCAUGCAUCAAUGAUCUCCAGAUAGGGGGAGGUGCGGUAGACAAGGUCGCUGCUACUCUAUUCCUAUGUCAGCUGUUACAACAUACCCCGUCAACGGUGGUGCCUUCGCUUGAUGUGGUGCUCGAGAAGAUUCGGGCGGCGUUGCUUGACUCAUCUGAGCGAGUGCGAGAUAAGGCAGCGUGCGUCCUGCAGCAUGCAUUUUCCGUCAUGCACACAUCCAUGCAUCCAGGUGCCAUCACAAAAUGGCGGGACAAUUUUUUGAAGGAUUCGAUGCGGGGUUUUGAAUCCAAAAGAAAGGAUCUGCAGCAUGGUGCGAUUUUGUGUUUUAAUGCCGUACUAUAUUCCAUAAUGAAUGACACCUCUUCCUACGGCACAGCAGUGACGCUUUCUUCUACCGCCGUCUCUCAGUUGCAUGAGAUCUGGCACUGCAUUAAUACGAACUUAGACAAACCCAACCUUUCACAGGAAAUUCGGCGAGAACUUUUAAACUCCCUCAUUCUCCUCGCAUCCUACGAUGCCGCGACGUUUAGGGAGCAUUCCAUUCCAGUUAUCCUUUCAGCUGCAUCAACGGUCUUUCGCACGGCAACGUGUUGUGAGGAGAAGUCGAUGAUGUUUCUUGCAAUUGGGAAGUUGGCAGCCCUAUUACGGGAUUAUGUGCCGCUUUAUCUUGAACGUAUGAUGCCGCACAUCCAGGCGGCACUAGCGCCAACAUCUAGGGAUGGCCGCUGCCUCGAGGCCGUCACAUGUUUUGCGACCCUUGCUGAGGUUAGCCCCAAGGCUGUACGACCCUAUUUGCGCCAAAUUUUGUCUCCACUUUUUUCUGGACCUCCAACUGUGGGGUUUGCGAAGGAUAUUGCAAGAAUAUGUGAGGCUUUCCCGGAGUUGCGCUCUACCUGUCUUUCGAAGAUGCUGGACGCGACGAAAGAACAGCUGCUAAGUGCUCAUCAACGCCUAUCCAUGGGCACGGGUGAGAGCGAUGCUGAUGCUGUGCUUUCCUUGCAGUGUUUAAGUGCGCUAAGCAGUCUGGAUUUCUCAGGAUACUCUACUUUACCCUUCCUCUGUGAUGCCGUUAUUCGUUAUGUUUCAUUUCCUCACGAGGAGUUACGUCGGGCGGCGAUAAAUCUUUGCUUUAAGCUUGUUCUCUCUGGGUGCGCAGGUUCUCAGUUGCCCUGUGAACGGACGCCAGAGGGAGUUGUGCUUCACCACGGUCGUGACCACUCAAAGCUUGUUAACACUGUGAUAAGUACACUUGUGAAUGCGGCUGUUUCCGAUCCCGAGAGUGAUAUUCGUCUGCAUACGUUGGAGAGCUUCACCGAGGAGUACGAUCAUACCUUGUCUCCCCAGCACGUUGUUAGCUCGUUAUUUCCGGCCCUAUACGAUAAGCAUCAAAACCGAUUAGUGGUGGUUCGGUUACUGGGUCGUGUGUCACGUCGGAAUCCGGCACACGUCUGCCCUAUGUUAAGGAAAAUAAUGGUGCAAUGCUUGACGGAGAUACAAUUUUUUGAGCACGCAAAGAAGCAAGAACAGGCAUUCUCCCUGUUGGGGGCCAUCGUGGAGUCUACACCUGGUUUCUGCAAACCAUAUGUACCCUCCUUGCUUAACAGCUGCGUUAAACGUCUACGGGAGCCUUCGCAGAAGGACUCAGUGGUAACAGCACUUUUAUCGUGUAUUGGAAAGCUCGUACGGUAUGCGGAGGGCGAUGAUGUUCGGGUUGCUGCCGAAAUACGUCCCAUUGUCGUUCAACAUAUUUUGGACUCCUCCCAUUUACCAAAGAAACGGGAAGUUUUACGAGCUCUUGGCGACAUUAUUCGUACGACAAGAGACGUGAAUAUCUUUGAAGCCCAUCCCGAACUUCUCUCCGUCUUGCUUCAAGCGUUGCAUGGUGGAUUCAAGGAGACUUGGCCUGUUAGAAAUGAUGUGCUACAGCUUAUGGGAGUUAUUGGUGCUGUUGAUCCCAUUCGAGUAAAAGAAAUUCUUCGGGAUUCACGCGUUAAUGAGAGUGACACGGAGGCGAUGCCCGCGUUUGGGUUGGGGAGCGAAGAUUCCAUUGCUCAGACUGUCGUGCGCAGCGUCCUGCAGAUUCUUUCGCUGCCUUCAUUAACGGAAGAACAAAGUGUGGGCGCAGUGAAUGUGGUUGUGAAGGUGAUUUCACUGAGGGAGGAAUCUUCCAGUGUUCUCGUCCCUUAUCACGCGGAGAUCCUCUCAUCGAUUUUGAAGCAAGCCCAAAUGCAGGUACGUAAGCGGGAAGAGAUUUUAAUUUCUCUUACCUCGUUUGUUUCACAUAUUAAAGGCCACAUUCGCCCACACCUGGAUGAACUCACCUCAGCUGUAGCCUCAUUUAUUUCGUCUUCUGACAUUCCUGUUCUCAAUCAGACGCUUGUUCUUGUAAAGCAGCUCCGGCGUUCUUUUCGUGAAGAAUUUCGGCCGUACUUGUCUUCGUUACUCAUUCCAAUUCUCAAUGUGGUGGAGGAGAGCCCGCAUGUAACCGGUGAAAGGGUGUUUGGAUUCUUUUCAGAGAUGGGAUCACUUCUAGAGGAUGAACUGCACAAUGUUUUGCCUGUGGUGUGUGAUGUGAUUGUAAACGCUUCAUUUUCAACGGCAUGUCGCGUAGCAGCAGUGGAUGCACUUAAAAGUUUUGCCCAACAACUCUCCAGUCUUCGUUUUCAUGCGUCACGCUGUGUUCAUUGCCUUUGUGGAGCUCUGAAAGAGCCGGGGCAUAUGAAGGCGACCACGGAAAAUUCCCUGGGAAAUGCUGCCCUAACAGCCCUGCUUUCCAUUGCGCAGAGACUGGGAAGGGCGUUUGAAAAAUUUACACCCAUAGUUUUUCCUGUCGUUGCAGGGUAUUAUGGGGGGAUGAGUGUAAACUACAAGCGUUUCUGCAGCGUUUUGCGGGAUAACAUUAACACAAGAAAACACCCAGAGAUGCAACUGUGUCAAGAAGAAAUCAAUGGGGAGAAUGCCACUGUUGCCUCACGUUCGGGUCCCAGCAUAGCCAAAUUGCCCAGAGAACGGCCGGCGGAUCCCUUUGAGACUUUGCGGCAUGUACUGCGAAACUGGGUUCGUUCCAAUGACGAGGAUUGGAAUCACUGGCUCACGCAGCUUGCAGUGAUUCUUUUACGCUCAAGUCCAUCACCGUCCCAUGGAUCUGCUCUCGCGCUGGCCGAGUUACACGAUCCUUUUGCACGUCAAAUGUUAUACUCUGCCUUUGCUACUUGCUAUAAUGAAAUGAAUGGAAGCACCCGGCAAGAGGUGGUUUCGCUACUGAGUGAGGUGCUGCAUGGACCACGGGUGCCCUCCGAGGUUUUGCAGGAGUUACUCAACCUGUCUGAAUACAUGGAGCGUCUUGAGAUUCGUCAGAACGCACACAGCAAUGGGCAUGGAAGUAAUUACCCGGAUUUUAGACUCUUCGACCUUCCCACGUUAAUGGAGAGUAGUGAACGGUGCAACUUGUACUCUAAAGCGCUCCACUAUGUUGAAAUUGAGUUUUUUGAGACCAUUCGAGAGUAUGAGCGAAGCGUUUUUCGAGGGAUUCCACGUCCACUACCUUCUGGAGUUUGGCAAAAUUUACUGCAGCUUUGUGAAAAGAGCAUUUAUCUUUGUAACCUGCUUGGACAGAGAGAAAGUGCGAAUGCGGUGUUAAAAUUCAUUCAACAGAACUACUCAAUGCUUACAGGGCAGGAGGUUACUGAGCUUUCGCAAAUGAUGGAUGCAACACUCUUCGAUAAACUACAAUGGUGGUCCCAAAGCUAUCGAGCCUAUGAACAACGUCUACGACAGGAGCCAAAUACACUUUCCAAUAUAGUUGGGUUAAUGAAGGCGCUAGACGCCCUGGGAAGUUAUGAGAAGGUACUUAACUUGUGGAAGCAGUAUUCCGUGCAGGUAAAUAAAAAAGACGUUGCGGAGUUGGCUCCCAUGGGGGCCCACGCUGCAUGGCUCAUGCGACGCUGGGAUGAUAUGGAGCAUAUUACUGGAUUUAUGAGUGACGCUGGUUACAUUGGCACCACAGCCAUAUUUUACAAGGCUGUGCUUGCGACAAGGAAAAGACAAUUCCGUGAGUCAGAUCGACUCAUCAAGUUGUGUCGCCGACGAUUAGACUCCAAUUUGUCUGCGCUUGUGGCGGAGAGUUACGACCGAGCUUAUGAGCUUUUUGUUGGCAUUCAACAGCUUAGUGAGUUGGAAGAGCUUGCCGUGGCAGCGCGUGAUAUGCGAAGCGUGCAUCGUUGGCAGGAACUUUGGGAGAGGCGACUGGGAUCGAAUGGCGUACGAAGGAUGGCCAGGCACUUUGGCCAAUCACACUCUCGUGGUGCAUCCCGCGCAGGAAUUGGACAUGUGGCUCCGCUUUGUUAG